CCUUCGGGAAACGGAGCGGAGCGGGCAGGGCUUGCGUGGGGGGGGCUGCGGGGGGCAAGGGAUGGCUGGCGCAAACCAGGACCGGAGCCUGCGGGAGGAGCUGACGUGUGCCAUCUGCUUCGAGCUCUUCAGCGAGCCCGUCAUGCUGGACUGCAUGCACCACUUCUGCAAGGCCUGCAUCCAGGGCUACUGGGAGAGCGGCACCCGUGUCCCCUCCUGCCCCCAGUGCCGCCGCGAGUUCCCCAGCCGGGCUUUCCGCACCCAUUAUCUGCUCUUGGGGCUGGUGGAGAAGGUGCGGCGCUGUGGCUCCGUGGAACACCGGCACAAGAUGCGGAAGCACCUGGAAGAUGCUUUGCAAGCUCGUCAGAAGGAGAUGGAGAACUUCUUGCGGAGGAAGCAUGCAACGCAGGAAGAUAUCUGUGACCUGAUGAUGGUGUCCGGGGAGCUGAACUUCAAGAUCCGGGCAGAGUUUGCUCGUCUUCAUCAGAUCCUGGAGGAUCAGGAGAGAGCUGUGCUGGCAGAGCUGAGCGAAAAGGAAGAGCAGGUGCUGGCACGGCUGCAUGGGAAUGUCCACCGGCUGGAAGAGGGGAUAUCGGUGCUGCAGAGGGACAUCGAGCGCAUAGAGCAGACCUUGAGCAAGAUGGAAGAAGUGUCUUUGCUGGAGGUGGAGAGCCUGGAUAUCAGGCCCUCCGUGCGUAUGGAGACCCAGCCUGCCUUCAACCUGGAGCACUACAGGGACAGCUGCAGCGGCCCCUUGCAGUACAUCUUCUGGAGACAGAUGCUGCAGUCCAUCUGCCCUGCUCCUGCUCCGCUCACCUUUGACCCCGAGUCAGCCCACCCCAACCUGGUCUUCUCCAGAGACUUGACAGCAGUGACAGAGAGGAAUCGAGCCCAGCCCGUCCCCAGUAGCCCCCGGCGCUUCCGUCAGUGUGUCAACGUCCUGGGCUCACAGACCUUCAACAGUGGCCAGCACUACUGGGAGGUCUGGGUGGGCAGCAAAACCAAGUGGGACCUGGGGGUGGCCUCUGAGGCUGUGGACCGUGCUGCAAAGGUGAAGCUGUGCCCAGAGAACGGCUACUGGACACUUCGUCUGCGAAACAAGACGGAGUACUGGGCCACCACCACCCCCUGGGUGCGCCUGACUCCCCGGCAGCCACCCCGGAAGGUGGGGGUCUUCUUGGACUGCCAGGAGGGCACUGUCACCUUCUUUGAUGCCGGGAACAUGUCCCACCUCUUCACCUUCCACCAGGUCUCUGCAGAGAGAUACUGUCCCUUCUUCAGCACCUGCUUCAGCGACGGGAGGGACAACGUGGAGCCCAUGCGCCUCUGCCACCUGACCCUGUGAGGGGUGGGGAGGAGCGGGUGCAUUGGGGACCCCGUGGCUCCGUGUCCCCUGGGCGGGCUGCGUGGGGCUGUGCUGCAGCCCAGCUCUGCACCCAUGAACCUGAUGGGUGUUACGGGGGCUGCUUUGGUUGCGGUUUCCCAAGGGAGGAAGGGAAUGAGUCUCUUCUCAGCUCCCAUGUGCCUUUUCUGUGCCUUGCGCUGCACUAUUCCCAGAAGUGCCUUGCACCCCUUCGACAACCUUACCUGAGCAUUGCGCGGUUCAGUGGAGGUGACUGC